AUGUUGACAGGGGUCCUUGUCAUUCACACAGUCGCGUACAACUUGAUCAACUUCCAGAACGUUACAGAAUGUCUGGUUCGUCUUGGCGCCGUCUUCACUUUCGUGUGUUGCUCUACGUGUCAUCUUGCCCUCCUGACAUUGGACAGGUUCGUGCAGAUUGUCUACCCUUACCGCUACCAGGAUGUCAUCACCAGGAAGUCCGUGUCCAUCAUGUCGGCUGCUAUCUGGGUCUUCUCCGUCAACGUCGGCCUCAUCCCAGCCUAUGGCUGGAGGGAUACACCAGGGCCAUCAGAACCGGCAUGUUCUCUACUGGGAGUCCUAACGGCAGGAUACAUACAGAUGGGACUGUUUUUCACCUUCGUUCCACUUGUUGUGAUUUGUGUCCUGUACAUGAAGAUAUUUCUGGUUGCUCGGAGACAUUCCCGCGCGAUCGCCGCUACUGACGUGACAGGGAACAGGAACUCUGGAAGCAUGAAGUUCACCAAAACAGUGGUCCUCCUUGUCGGAGCUUACAUCAUCUCGUUUUCACCUCUGGCUCUAAUAACAUGGGUGUACACGUUUGGCGGAUUUCACGAAAUGUCAGCAGCCGCAGUUGGGGACUACAUCGUAUACGCCAGCGUCCUGACUUUCGCCAACUCCCUGAUCAACCCCAUCAUCUACGCUUUCAAGCUGCAGCCAGUCAGGAGGAGACUACUCCGCUUCCUUGGCAAGGGCGACAACUCUUCCAAUUCAACCACUAAUGGAGCCGUGCAGACAAUUGUCACCCAUAUAGAUUAA